AUGACAUCUACCACCCUGUUCUGCACCUUCACGUGUCCUUGGUUGGCUGAGAAUAUGUCUCUUGCUUUCCCACCAUGCGUUGGCAUCUCUUUCCUCUUCGUCAUGGCAAACUUCACCAUGGCGACGUUCAUGGAUGCUGGAGUGCUGCCGAGGGCUAACGAGGAUGAAGAUAAGGACAGUGACUUCAGAGCUCCUCUUUUCAAAGAAGUGGCAGUGCGGGGCGUUCAGGUUCGGAUGAAAUGGUGUGCCUCCUGCAACUUCUACAGACCCCCCCGCUGCUCCCAUUGCAGUGUGUGUGACCAUUGUGUGGAGGACUUCGACCAUCACUGUCCGUGGGUGAACAACUGCAUUGGGAGACGGAACUAUCGUUUCUUCUUCCUGUUCCUGUUGUCUCUCAGUGUGCACAUGGUGCUCAUUUUUUCUGGAGGUCUUCUUUAUGUACUGGAUCAUCUGGGAGGUCUUUGGGAGUUACAUGCAGCCAUCACUCUGAGCAUCAUGAGCAUAUCAGCAUUUUUCCUCAUUCCGGUUAUAGGCUUGGCCUGCUUCCAUCUGGUUCUUGUGAUGAGAGGACGAACUACAAAUGAGCAGGUGACUGGAAAGUUUCAAAGAGGAUCAAACCCAUUUACACAAGGCUGUUGUAGCAAUGUGGAGUUUGUCCUGUGCGGUCCCAUCAUACCAAGUUACACCAGAAAGCCAGGAAAGACACAAACUGUUCAUAUACAGCCUCCAUUUGAAAAACCCGAGCUGCCGAAAACGUCCUCAGUAAAAGAUGAAGAUAAUGGAAUCCAGAAUGAAAUGCUUCCCAUGAGGCGACAGUCUGCAGAAGGGCUGGAUGUGCCCAAGUGUAAACGGCUAAAUGUUCCACCACCUUUACCCCCCAAACCUGCUCCAAUUCUGCUCAAUAGCCACCCGACCACGCUGCAAGAAGGCCUAGUACAGUUCAGAACUGCAGUAACACCUGCCCAAACUAUAAGCACUAUUGAUCAAAGUGUAGCGUCGCCCUCCAGAGGGCACUACCAAGUUCCCAGGGAGCAGGUCGGGAAAAAGGAGAACCUGCUCCAGAUCAGUGCUCAAGGUCUGUUAUUGGAGUCGUGUACAGAGCAGCCUGACCAACCUAUCUCUACUCACACAGCACUGCAAUCAAACAUACUUCCUUUAAAUAUACUCACCCUGAACUCCCACUCUCUAAGUUUAAAACACGCCUACCAGCGUAGAAACCGCAGCCAUCUGCCCGGACACCAUUCCAAAUCCCUGACCGUGUCCUCCACCCAGGGCGUCAACAGUCUCUCUUAUGACAGCUUACACAGCCCGGCUGAGGUAGCGCAGCGCGGGGCCAUGCAUAUGAACUACCUGCCUCCUUUACUUCCUGUAGAUCUGGCUACGGGCAUCAGUGCCCCAGCUGAUCCCCAACAAGUACCUGUCCAUACCUGCAGCCCGGUUUUUAUGGGCACCAGCAGGCAGUCACCUGUGCAAUAUGACAGCCUACCUAAGCACACCAUGAGCUCUAUAGAGGAGCGUCACGAGCAAGAAGAACGAGAAAAACAGCCGGCCCUGACACAGACUCGACAGAUGGGAUCCAUGCCGGAUGCGAGUGUCUACGACAUACUUAGCGGGCGAAGUGUGGCAUCCCGGGGACCUACACCGCCCACCUAUGGCUCACGGGAGUUCCUCCUGAGCAGUGCAGCCUAUGGAUAUGCCUCCUCGCUCAGACGGACAUCCAGGACUUCCAAUGUGACCCUGCAGAGUGGCUCCCUGUCACCAUCAGCCUGUCGUUCUCUGGACCGCCAGACUCAGUGCUCAACCUCGGCCAUUCCAUACCCGAUGCCCAGUUCCUCUUACACCGCCCAAAGAGCGCUAGCCUUUGUCACCAGCUCAGAGAGGAAAGACUUGCCUCCGAAGUAUGAGUCCUGAUCUAUGUAUUUGUACAUAGUGUGUGUAUUUUCACCCUAAUGAUAAAUAAAAUCUUUUUGGCAAGACUCAAACUUUAACCCACUUUUCUCAAUUUUAUAAUGUAGUCAGCAGCCAUAUAAGGUCAAAACACAUGAAGCCAGAUUGUGGCUCUUUUCUGAUUUGUGGUUCAUACAACAUCAAAGAGCAUUAAUGCACUUAACAGAAGGUACCACCUGCUCAUUCUGUUCACAUACAUUUGCACUCUACAGUGCAUAAUAUCAUUAAGUGAUUCAAGGAAUUGGGAGGAAUUUCAGUUCAUCAAGAACCUCUACUCAACAAUAGCUGAUAUAAUCACAUGGACAAGGGAUUACUUUGGCAAUUUUUUUUGUCAAGCACUACAAUACGAGUUACAUGCACAAAUGCCACUUAAAACUUUACUGUGCAAAAAAGAAGCCUUAUGUUAACCAUGUCCAGAAGCGGCGUCGACUUCUCUGGGCUCGGAGGCAUCUAGGAUGGACCAUCACACAGUGGAAACAUGUAUUGUGGUCAGAUGAAUCAGCAUUUCAGGUGUUUUUUUUUUUUGGAAAAAAUGGUCGCUGUGUCCAAAAACCAGGGUCUAUCAUGGUAUGGGAUCAUGUCAGUGCCCUUGGAAAAGGUCAUUUACACUUCUGUGAUAGCAGCAUUAAUGCAGAAAAGUAGAUUGAGAUAUGCUGCCUUCAAGACGUCAUCUUUUGCAGGGACGUUCAUGCAAAACCACAUGGCUGCUUCUUAUAUUUCUAGGGGUCCUAGUGAACCAGAUUUUGAUAUCAGGGCAUCUUUGUAUACUAUUUAUUCUCUUUGUAAUAAAUUAUUUUAAAUGUGUUAAUAUAUGUUUACUGUAAUAGUGAAUAGUUUGUUGUUUUGAUUAAUUAUCUUCUCUCCUGGAACAUUUUGCAUUUGAAUUCUCUGUGUUUUUGUAAUUUGUGCAGCCAGUGGGUGGUUGACGUGACACUGUUUUUUACUGACAGAUAUAAAUACAUCUUUGUUAUCAUUUACUAUUUUUUUGUUUAUUUUACAUGUAAUAGUAAGUUAUUCAUGUUUAAAACCCCUAUUAUUUAAUAUUUUUAAGAUUUUGGUAAAACAUGAUUAUGUACUGAUGUGAACUCCUGUAAAUAAAUCAAA